GGAGGAAAUUAAACCCAACUUUCACCAUUGGCGAGUCUCCGGGACGGCGAUGACCUCCAGCAAAGACGCGAAGGCGGGCUCCGUGUUGCAGUCGGGCGGCGAGGACCGGAGACGGGGUCCGCUGGACCAGCUCCCGCCGCCGGCCAACUCCAACAAGCCCUUGACGCCCUUCAGCAUCGAGGAUAUCCUUAACAAGCCGUCGGUCAAGAAGUCGGCGUCGAGCGCCUGCCCGCCGAGGGCGCUGGAGAAAGUAGCGGGCUCCAACUCGGCGAGGAACGGGAUUAGCAGCCCCUCGUCCCCGCUGUGCGCGCUGGAGGAGCUGGCCAGCAAAACCUUUAAGGGUCUGGAAGUCAGCGUCAUCCAGGCGGCAGAAGGUCGCGAGCAUCUCAACGCCUUCGGACAGAGGCAGACGUCGAAAAAGAGGAGGAAAUCCCGGACGGCCUUCACCAACCACCAGAUCUACGAGCUGGAGAAGCGCUUCCUGUACCAGAAGUACCUGAGCCCGGCGGACCGGGACCAGAUCGCGCAGCAGCUCGGCCUGACCAACGCGCAGGUCAUCACCUGGUUCCAGAACCGACGCGCCAAGCUGAAGCGGGACCUGGAGGAGAUGAAGGCCGACGUGGAGUCCCUGAAGAAGAUCCCGCCGCACGCGCUGCAGAAGCUGGUCAGCAUGGAGGAGGAGAUGCUGGAGGAGCAGCAGGAGGGCUCCGGGCCCGUGCCGUCCUCCCCCAGCGUCUCCCCGUCCUCCCAGCAGGGACACCGGGCCUCCUUCCCGCCGCAGUCCCCCUCCUCGUCCCGAGGCCAGACCACGGACGAGUUCUCGGAGGAGGACGAGGAGAUCGAGGUGGACGAUUGACACUUCGCCUUGUCGUUGAAGGAGCUCUUCUUCUUCUUCUUCUUCCUUUUUUUCCCCCAAAACUUUUG